UCAAAUUUGUACUAAAAAUAAAACCAGAAAAAUUAUUUUAAAAAAACAACCAAAAAAUAUGAGAGAUAAUUUAAAUAACAAAAUUUCAGUGUUAAAUAAAAUGAUUGGUCUGGGCGAAGAGGUAUCAGCAAAUCCGUUCUACACGGUACCACAAAAUUCAAAAACAAACAUAGAACCGAAAUUCGAUUUAUAUAAAACCGAAGAACCUUUGGAAAAUUCUUCCAAUAAUUUCAAACAAACCAUUUGCAAAUGUCCACAUUGUGAAAAUAUGGCCAAAAAUUUCCUCUAUCUAGAAAGUCUUAUACGCACCAACUAUAAUGCCAGCAAUAACUGUAACAUUUGCCUCUCGUCCCUGCAAUAUCUGCAGUAUGUAAAUAAGAGUAUCAUGAAAAUAUUUGGUAAUUUUGAUUCUGUAGUAGAAGCAGCUAAAGCAUUUGGACUCAACAAUAUUAAAUCGAAAACAAAACUGGCCAAAUUAAGUACUAAACAUGCUAAAAGACUUACAAAGUCUAAUCAUUUAAGUCUUAAAACACAGAAAGCAGCAGCAAGAGCAAAUCAUCAUCAUCAAGUAAAGAAAAUGCCAUCAAAUAUUUUAAAGUCGAGCAAAAAGAUUCAAGGUAGUUUUAGCAAAAAUCCAAUUGCUAGUUCGAAAAAAGCAAUAAAAAGAAAUCGAAAUUUAAAAAAGAUGCAAGUAAUCAUAGUGCGGUUAAAACAUCUAUAGAUGGCACAACUACGAAGGCUAUAAAAGGGAAGAGGAUUAAAGCUUUAAGGAGUAAAACGAGGAAUUUAUUGCAUAAAUUUAAAGCAAAGAAAUAACGUUAAAUACGUAUGCCUUUCUUGGAAUUUCCAAAAUUGUUUAGUUAAAUAAAAAAAAUAUGAUU